UGAAUCUGAAUUUGGUUCAACCAUUAAGGAAGAUGUGACCGGCAGCCCUCUCCUCAAACCCACACCUCUCUCUCUCUCUCUCUCUCUCUCUCUCUCUCAACAAAAUGGGGCUGUCUUUCACUAAACUGUUCAGCCGAAUGUUUGCUAAGAAAGAGAUGCGUAUUCUUAUGGUGGGUCUUGAUGCUGCUGGUAAAACCACCAUUUUGUACAAGCUCAAGUUAGGCGAAAUUGUGACCACCAUCCCUACUAUUGGAUUUAAUGUGGAGACUGUGGAAUAUAAGAACAUUAGCUUCACUGUCUGGGAUGUUGGAGGUCAAGACAAGAUUCGACCUCUAUGGAGACACUACUUCCAGAACACACAAGGGCUGAUCUUUGUGAUCGACAGCAACGAUAGAGAUCGUGUUGUUGAAGCCAGAGAUGAGAUGCACAGGAUGUUGAACGAGGACGAAUUGAGGGAAGCUGUGCUUCUUGUGUUUGCAAACAAGCAAGAUCUUCCCAAUGCAAUGAAUGCUGCUGAGAUCACAGAUAAGCUCAGCCUUCAUUCUCUUCGGCAACGCCAUUGGUACAUCCAGAGUACAUGCGCCACUUCUGGAGAAGGUUUGUACGAGGGAUUGGACUGGCUUUCAAACAACAUCACAAGCAAGGUUUAGAGGACUCUGCAGGGGUAUCAGUAGGACAUAUACCAGCAACCCAUUUUUUGAUUACAUACAUUCAUGCCAUAAAUAGAUCGCAAGUUUUAUCGGUAUCAUUGUUGCAAUAGGAAAAGAAUGCCUCUUAUUUUGUGUCUAUGUUUUGUAACCCUUUACCAUGUGUUCAAUGCGACUGUAGUCACUUCAGCCAACACACAAGAUGAGACUUCACCACCGUGGAGCGGCUUUUUGCAAAAAGAUGAGGGGGAAACUCCGUAAGAUGUUGGGUUCUCUGGUCUCAAUAUCUUGUAGGCUUGAUUUGUUAAGCAAUAUUCUUUAUUAGUUUGAAAUAUUUACCUUUUGUUUAAACGA